AUGCGAACCCCAGUGUCACAGCUAUGCAGAUGGACCAGCCAUAGUCCGAGGUCAGGGACACGACGCAUCCGUCUUCUACAGCAAACUGGGAGAUCCCAUUCCGGCAUCGGCGAGAGUACAACGGGCAAUCUGCCCCUCCACGGCCUCAAAGUUCUCGACUUGUCCCGUGUCCUCGCUGGGCCCUUUUGUACACAGAUCCUCGCCGACUACGGCGCCGAGGUCAUCAAAGUCGAACAACCCGGCACGGGCGACGAGACACGCCAAUGGCGAACGGCAGGUGAAGGCCAGAAGUGGCGUCCCGAGCACAAGUACAUGUCUCUUUAUUUUGCGGCGGUCAAUCGAAACAAGCGCUCCGUGACUGUCAACCUCAAGGACCCCAAGGGGCUGGACAUCGUCAAGGCACUGGCGCGUCACAGCGACGUUGUUCUGAACAACUUCCUCCCGGGCAAGAUGGAGCAGCUUGGUCUCGGGUACGAGGUCCUCAAGCGGGACAACGAGGGCCUGAUCUACGCCAGCUGCAGCGGGUACGGCGCGAGCGGCCCAAGUCGAGACCGUGCAGGGUACGAUGCAAUUGCGCUGGCGGAAGCAGGGCUGCUGCACAUCACAGGCGAUGAGCACGGGGGGCCAACGAAGCCCGGUGUCGCAAUGGCAGACUUGUGCACGGGGUUGUACAUGCACGGUGCCAUCUUGGCGGCGCUGAACCAGAGACACAGGACUGGCCUGGGUUGCAAAAUCGACGGCAGUCUGUUUGAAAGUAGCUUGAGCCUUUUGAUUAAUGUGGGCUUGGCUGCUCUGAAUCUAGACCUGGACAAAGGCCCGGAGAAGAGGAGGCGAGGUAAGCGGCUUGGGCUGGGCCAUCCAAAUCUCGUGCCGUACGGGGGGUACAAGACAAAAGAUGGGAUGCUGUUCGUCGCGGCCAACAACAACAGACAAUGGAAAGGGUUUUGUCAACGCAUGGGAAUCAAAGGAUUGGUAGAAGACAAGAGGUUCAGCACAAACGAUGGGCGAGUUGAAAGCCGGGACGAGAUCAAUUCGAUAUUGGAGAAGAAGUUCGCCGAAAAGACGCAAAGCGAAUGGCUGGACAUCUUUGAAGGCAGCGGUCUGCCAUACGGCGCGAUUAACGAUGUUGUUGACGCACUCGCACAUCCACAGGCCGAGGCGAGAGAUAUGGUAAUAGAUAUCGAUCAGUUCGAGGCAGCCAAAGACGGAAUGUUGAAACUAAUUGGGCCAGCCAUGAAGUUCCAGGGAGCCUCGAUGAGUGUCAGGCUUGAGCCGCCUUUGCUAGGUCAGCACACUGACGAAGUCCUGACCGAACUGGGCUAUCCUGCUGUCGAGAUUGAGAAGCUGAGAAAGUUAGAGAUUGUGUAG